ACAAAUUCUAGAAACCGCUUCCCACAUAAAACCCUCUUUCAUGGCGGCUUCCUUACACCGCCACGAUUCUCCACAUAGAACCCUCUUUCAUGGCGGCUUCCUUGCACCGCCACGAUUCUCCAAUUAUCUUUCGUUCUUCUGACAUUUUCUCUCGCUAUAUAAACAAACCCUUUUCGCUUCUUUGUUCAUCAAUCCGAUUUCAAUUCGCAACCAGCUUUAAUUCCUUCACUUUUCUUUUGAUUUCCGAGAAAAAAGAUCAUGGAGUUUCGACCUUUAGAAAUCAAUGUCAUCUCUGCAGAAGAUCUCAAAGACGUCAAUCUUUUCACCAAGAUGGACGUGUUCGUCGUCGUUUCUAUCAACGGCGAUCACCGUUCGGGUCAAAGGAGUCCGGUUGACAAGGGCAGUGGACCGAAUCCGGAAUGGAAUUGCUCUUUGAAGUUCACCGUCGACGAAGCCGCCGUUCUCCGAAACGGACUCAGCCUCGUGUUUCAUAUUAAAUCAGAACGUAAGCUCGGAGAUAAAGAUAUCGGUACGGUUCAAGUUCCGGUUAAGGAGUUACUUGAUGAGGAUAACGGAAACGGGAAGAUUAAACGGAACUUGAGUUACGCCGUCAGGUUGCCUAACGGAAAAGCUAAAGGUGUGCUGAAUUUCGGUUACAAGUUCGGUGAUAAGUUCAGCUCACAAUUUCCGGUUACGUCGGAGAAGCCGGCAAUGGCGUAUCCGCCGCCUUCAACUAGUUAUCCUCCACCACCUUUUGCAUAUCCGCCGCCACCCCACUCGGCGGGUUAUCCUUAUCCUCAACCCGGUUCCGGACAUCCAUCGUAUGGAUACCAUCACGCACCGGUUCAAGGGUAUGCAUAUCCGGGACACGGUGGAUAUUUCGGAUACCCUCCGGUGCAAAAACCGCAGAAGCCGAUGAAGGGCGGCGGCGGCAUGGGAGCGGGGUUAGGAUUGGGCUUGGCGGGUGGGUUGUUGGGCGGAAUGUUGAUGGGUGAUAUGGUUGGAGAUUCUUAUGAAGCUGGUGUUGAAGAUGGGCUUGAUUUUGAUUUUUAAUUUAAUAUUUUCCCUCUGCUUUGAGUUUUUACAUUUUGGCAUAGGAUAAUCUGUAAUUAUACAUAAUUAAUUAAAUAUAAAUAUUUAUAUGUAUAGUUUUUAUAUAUAUAUAAAUACGUGGUGUAUACCAUGUAGUGUAUGUUUAA